ACCAUAUACCGUCGAGGCCUCCCUAUAAAUGGACGCACAUAGUGACACCAAUGGACAUCUGCUCUCUUCCACCUCAUGAUCAACCGAUCUGCAACCAUGGCUCUCUUCGUCCCUCUACUCGUGCUACUCUUGGCCACCGGUGGUCAAGCCAACCCUGGUGAGCUACUAGCAUCGCGUCGCGCUAUUCCAGGGCCAUCGCCGCCAAAGGGUUACGACGAACCGCCUGAGGAGCCACCUGCAUCAACUGGCGGUGGUCAAGCCAACACCGAUGAGCUAUCGAUAUCGCACCGUGCUGUUCCGGGGCCAUCGCCGCCGAAGAGUAACGAACCUCCGGAGGAGCCCCCUGCAUCAACUGGCGGUGGUCAAGCCAACUUUGGUGAGCUAUCAACAUCACGUCACGCUAUUCCAGGACCAUCUCCGCCGAAGGGUUAUGACGACCCCCCCGAGGGGCCACCGGCAUCAACUGGCAGUGGUCAAGCCAACCCUGAUGAGCUAUCAACAUCACGUCGUGCAAUUCCGGGGCCAUCGCCACCGAAGGGUUACGACGACCCCCCCGAGGAGCCACCUGCAUCAACCGGAGGUGGUCAAGCCAACCCUGAUGAGCUAUCAACAUCGCAUCGUGCUAUUCCGGGCCCAUCGCCGCCAAAGGGUUACGACGACCCCCCCGAGGAGCCACCUGCAUCAACUAGUGGUCACCGGAUGAUCAAGAUUGGCGCAUGUUUCCCCAACAAAAGCAAUGCCCUAUCCUGCCUCAAGCAGUGCAUGAACAAAGGUUAUGCUGGUGGGCGCUGCGAUAUCUUGCCCGAUGGCCUCCCCAGCGACUGCUUCUGCCUCAAGUCUUUUGACAGCUAUGCAUAAGCCACCCAAUGUAAUUCUAUAUCACUGUCUUGGUUGCGCAAUGUAAUCAUAGUGAAAGAAUAACUAGUAUUUAUUUUGGCA